UUUUUUUUUGGUUUUUUUUUUUUCGUGUUCAGAGUGUUUCACUCGCAAAACUCAUUCACAUCAAACAAACAAACGCAGAAGAAACAACAAGCUCCAAGCUAGCAUGGUCGUGUUUGGCGUCUAUGUGAUCAACAAGGCCGGCGGCCUCAUCUAUGGCCAGGAGCUGGGAGCAACGCCCAAACUGCGCGCCAACGACCGUCUCACCCUCGCGUCCAUGUUCCACUCACUCUAUGCCAUCACAAGCAACCUCUCGCCACAAGUACAGUCGUCGGGCAUCGAAGUCAUCGAGACGGACACAUUCAAAAUCCAGUGCAAGCAGACCCUCACAGGCACAAAGUUCUUUGUCAUGUCGGAUCCCGCACACACGGGCUUGGACGCGCUGCUCCGCCGAUUGUACGAGCUGUACAGCGACUAUGUCUUGAAAAACCCCUUCUACACGCCAGAGAUGCCCAUCCGGUGCGAGCUCUUUGACAUUAAUCUUGCACGGCUGAUGGAGCAAUAUGAAAGCGGAAGGGCGCUGACCGCUACGUUCUAGGUUGUGAGAUGGAUGGGCAUUUUGUGUUUUUCUUGUACAAAACGAAAAAGAAGAAUUGUUUGUUGCUUUCAGC